ACAUGCUUGAAUGGUUCAUUGUUUGUGCAGUGGGUCCUUAGAAUGCCACCUUCCAUUUACCCCUGAAUACAUAGCAACCCCAUUCACUCUGUGUUUGCCCUGGGUCUUGGAAAUUCAAACAGAAACUUGAUGCCAGAGCUUUCAACACACGCAGGGAUCAACACCACUUCUCUCCAGGCAGCUUUUACAAGAACCACGAUGGACAGAGCAGCAACCUUGAGACUGCUUCUGAUUGUACUGUUACAAGUAUGUAGAUCCUUUUGCAUCUAUGAGCCUUACUUUGACACCCUUCCACAAACUGUUAGAAUCCCAGAAAACAGUGUGCCAGGAACCACAGUUCAUUCAUUCACUCUUGGAAACUGGCAUUCAAUGUCAACAGUAUCCAUGACUGUCAGUCCUGCAACCACAUUCUUCAACAACCCUUCAAUCAACUCAGGAAAAACAGCAACGAUCAAACUGAACAGCUCUGCAGCACUAAAUGCUUUGAUGGUGAAUCAAUACAACAUAGCCAUCACUUAUACUAAUGGCUACGGCAGCAUUUCUUCUAACCUCUACGUGCAGAUCACUCCAGUCAGCUAUCCCCUCCAGUGUGCAACACCUUUCUCAAGCCAGGUCGGAGAUACAGUGCAGGUGCUGGAGAAUGUGCCCAAGACCACCAAGAUUUACACAGCCAUCACUACUAACGCCAAUGCUGGCACAAUCUUCAGUUAUAACAUAAUGCAGGUUGUGCCAAAUGGAGAUUUUACCAUCGACGCGUCUGGCAACGUUUAUCCAAAUCAGGCUUUCAAUUAUCAGACCGGUGACCGGAGUUUCACGCUGACGAUAAAGGUGCUGGAUCAGCACAGAGCUUCAUGCACGGGGACCCUCACUGUGGAGGUCUUGCCCGUUGACAAGACCACCAUAUCCUUCAAGGAUGUCAACCAGGCUGUAACUAUUCGGGAGAACACAGGGCCAGCAGCUGUGGUAGCUACAGUCACAGCUCUGGGAACAAAUGUGCACUACCAGUUAAUAACCCCAACCUCAGCCUUUCAGAUCAAUGAAAAAACAGGGGUGAUCAGGACCACCUACAAUCUCGGUCUGGAUUCCAACCCAGGCCUGGCUGUUACCUCCUUACUGGUCCGUGCCUACGACCCUGUCCAUAAGGUCAGCGCCACAGCUACUGUGCAAGUGACGGUGCAGGACGCCAAUGAUAUCCCUCCACUCUGCACGCCUGCGGUCGUUGUAACUCAUGUGCCGGAGACCACACCCAUUGCAGGCACUCUCUUUACCUUGAGCUGCACGGACAGGGACAGCACGGGCAACACGCUCUCUUACAGCAUUCAGGCUGACGGUGUAUCUAAGUACAUGUUCCGUCUGCAGGGGACCACGCUGGAGUUAAACAAUACACUGGACUAUGACUCUGCUGUAAUGGCAGGUGUUGAUUUCCAGUACCCCAUUACCAUCCUAAUAAAAGACAGUGGAGUGCCUCAGUUGACAACCAGCGUUUCAGUGUUUGUGACGGUUACUCCAGUUAACGAGUUCCCCCCCACCUUCAAGGAACCUUUCACCUUCACAGUGAACGAGAGAAGCCCGGUGGGUACCGUCAUUGGGGUGGUCACAGCAACUGACCGUGACUGGCCCUUCAACAACAUCCAGUACCGAAUCACUGGAGGCAAUGGCAACAACCCACCCCAGUUCUACAUUGAUCCCAGGAGCGGCCAGAUCAAUCUCUUGUCCACUCUGGACUUUGAAAGACAGUCGACCUACCAGCUGAAGAUUGAGGCAGUGGAUAUGAACCAAGACCUGCAGCCUGACCCCAAUAGACAGAAGACAGCCUUGCAGACCAUCACUAUCGAGGUCCAGGAUACCAACGAUAACCCACCAGUGUGCAAUCCUCCAUACUACGAGGCCACUAUCUUCUCCACCCUCAAAGCCGGGCAGGAAAUCGUUCUGGUUCAGUGCACUGACCAAGACAUCACCUCCACGCUCACCUACACGCUCGUGGGAGGUAAUGUUAACAAUCGAUUCACCAUGACUAAAAGCACUCUGGUAUCCCAGAACACCUUCUCUUACCUGAAACCGGGGGUGUAUGACCCUACGACCUAUGAACUCCUGGUCAAGGUGACGGACGGUGGGCCCCCGACCUUCUCCACCACGGUGACAGUGAUAGUCCACGUGAUUCCAUGGACAACCACAGUCCCCACCACCCCCCUCAAAACCACGAAAGUGACCCAGGUUCCUCAGAUUGUCACUGUGUUUGACAAUCAGUGGAUCCCAGACCCCUGGUUCGUGGCCGUUCUUGCUGUGACUGGGGCCCUCUUACUGUUAGCACUAGCUUUACUGAUCUGGAAACUGCUGAGCAUGACAUCACUUUGCAGGCGAGUCCCAACAGAGAUGGCCAAACCACUUCUGCAAGACAGAACCUUUGGUGACACUGCAGUCCCCACACCAGAGAGGAGUCUCCCACAGGACCCCAGGAAAAAGAGAGAGCGCACACCAAGCCCACUGUCACUGCAAUUUGAUGGAAGAGCACAAGACCCAUUUACAGGGCGGGAAUAUCUUUUCAACAGUGUCACAGGACAGAGAUGCUGGGUCUGAACAGAGACGUGCUUAUUGAUCACACAGCACCCCACUGUGAUUCACUGAGCACCCCUGCCUCGCUGCCAGCUUCACAUCCCAACAUCCCAAUCACAAUGCUGUACUGUACUUUGAAGGUUCCAUUCCACAGCUCUCCUUCAGCUGUUUGAACUUUUCCACACAAUCUCCUGUUUUUUUAAUCGCAUAUGGAAGGGCUGGCCAACCCCGGUCCUGGAGAGACGCAGGGUCAUCUGUUUUUUUGUUCCACCUGAACCUAUUAUUUUCUUAACUGGUCAACACUAAAAUAAAUGUCCAGGUAUUUAGCCAUUGAUGACUGAAAGAUACCCAGAAUACCUGCAGGAUUGUGGCAACCUGGCAUAGGGGUUAGGUUCUCAAAGCUGUUUAUUCCAAAUUGGAAUUCGCACAAUUUCCUCGGGUUUGUAAGAAGACCUCUGGGUUUUGGUUUUUUUUUUUUUUUUUUUUCUUGAUUCAGAAUUGUAUUUGGUGUUUUCAGAUGCGUUCAUGCUGUUUUGGAGUAAAUAGUUUUGAGAAUCUAAACCAUACUGUUCUGGUGAUUUGUACUUGAUGGGCAUACUGUUUGGAACUCUUUAAUCAUAUCCUGAUGUAACUAUCACUAUUAUCUGCUGUAUUAUUGAAUUGUGGUUUGUCACACUUGAACAAAAGUUAUUGUAUUUCUUGCUCUUAUUGUAUUACUUGUAUUGUAACACUUGAAUGUAUUUGUAUUUGCUUGCGAUUGUAAGUCGCCCUGGAUAAGGGCGUCUGCUAAGAAAUAAAUAAUAAUAAUAAUAAUAAUAAUAAUAAUAAUAAUAAUAAUAAUAAUAACUCCACUUACUGCAACACAUGCCGUGCCAGCCUGCCUUACUGACAUCGUGAAACUGGUGAAUGGCACACAGAUAAAUCAUUUCUCUGAAAGGGGAAGUACUGCAUUAAAAAUGAUCUAAAGGGUCGUACAUUUUAGAACUGAAAUGUCGAGAUGAAUAACUGGAUAAGGCAGCGGUGUAAAGGAUACAGGACUAAAAAUAAGGUGUGGAUGGAUGGAUUAUAAAUAUGACCAUUCCUUAUAUUGUUUCAUUUCUUUGAUGCACAGCUACUGUGCUAGUCAGCCAGUACAUGCAUCGUAUCUUGUGUAAUGCACCUGUAAGUAAUUGUGUAGAAUGGCAACUGGAAUAAUGCCCUUAGAAUCUGCUUCACUAUGUGUACUUUAUUUCCCAAAGCACUGAAGUUAAAUUAUGUCUGUGUUGUUUUGAUCAUUCCUUAAAUAUGUGUGCCUGUUCAUUGUGUAUUGACAAAGGCACUAGCAGAAACAUUCUACUGUCAAUUUUGUAUGAAUGCGAAUUGCUGUGUAGCAUAUAUUUGUAUAAUUUCAACAAGGCACCCACAUUUUCCUUAACUACUCCUAUGAUUUUGUAAAAAAUAACAAUUUAUCUGUUUUUUUUGUUAUUAU